AUGGCAGCCCCAGCAACAGCGAGCAACCAGCGCGUACCAGCCGACGACGAGGCUGCACGGAAGGUGCGUAUUCGGGCUGCGUUCGAUAUGUUCGACAAGGAAAAGAAAGGAAGCGUCAUUCAAGAAGAAGUGAGUACGAUCAUGCGGUACCUUGGUGCGUACCCGACCGAGAAGGAUAUUAUCAAGAAGAUCCUUCCAGACAUGCAAGAGGAUGAGCCGUCCACAUUCGUGACGUACGAUCGAUUCGAAAAGAAAAUGUUGGAAGUACUGUAUACCAACGAGUACGAGCCGGACACGGAUGAAACGCUACUUGCCGCGUUCCGGGUAAGAGCUGACUUUGAUGCUGCAUCGUAA